UAGAAAUCUCCACACGUGACGGCGGCACGGCGCUAUAUGAAGAGGGAAAAGGCAGCAAGCAUCAGGACCAGUCAGUCACCGCUCAACCUCAGCAGCGCGUAAAAGUCGCACACUCGCUCACCGGCUCUCCUUUUCCGCUUUAAGGAAAGCAACACAUGUGAGUUUGUUUCUACUGCGCUACAGGACAGUCUGCGGACAGAACAAAGCUUGAGUGAGGAAACGCAGGUAAACGGAAUCUAAGCUUUUACAGAUAGGAGCAGAGGAACCCACACCCCCACCACUCCGCGCGUCCCCACGACCACCUUUUUUCUCCUCCUCGGACCUCCGUUCUCUCCUGGAGACACAAGUUUCCCACACAAAGAGGGAUGCUGCAUGUUCCCGAAACGUACUUGCACUCAGAGGGAACCUAAAAGUUGACCGGAGCGGAAUAACACUUCAUCUGAUGCAAGGUAGCCUGUACACCGACACGAUAUUUGACGGAGCGGCUUGGCUACUAUUACGCACGGUUGCGCUUUUUUUUGGAGGGGCUGUUUCAGCAGUACGCAUUGCCUUUGCAUCUGUGAUCCUUCCAAGACAUUAACACACAGAAGAGCUAUUAAUUUUUUUGUUUUAAUUCCCCUCUUAUCGCCCCCAUGCAUUAUUGUUUAGGAAGGUGUUGAUUUCAUUACACUGUUAUCACAGUAACCUCCUUUGUCAUUCUCCCCGCAGCGCACCAAAACGGGCACUUUUAGUAACAGGAGGGUCAGCGCAAUUCAUAAAAUGAUCCCAAUCGGCGACGUGAUACCAUGUCGCAUCUCGUCUGAUGUUUGACACGUUUGAGGAUCGGCUAAAGAAACUGGAGGUGGACAUUACAAAGUCAGAGAAUUCAACCCGAGCCCUGCUGGCACAUUUUUACUGGAGUCCGAACAACUGAUCGCCGUCCAGAUGCAGUUUCGACUCUUCUCAUUUGCCCUGAUCGUAUUGAACUGUAUGGAGUACAGCAACUGUCAGGCGCCGUCGCACCGCUGGAGGAGAAACAAAAGAGCUAGCUAUGCAGCAUACCCCAUCUGUAAAGGCUGCUCGGUGUGCUCCAGGGACAACGGCUGUGUAAACUGCCAGCCCAAACUCUUCCUGUUUUUGCGGAGGGAGAGGAUGAGGCAAUACGGGGAGUGUCUUCAUGACUGUCCAGCCGGAUACUACGGCAUGCGCAGCCCUGAACUCAACAUGUGCUCCAGGUGCAGGAUAGAGAACUGUGAGUCCUGCUUCAGCAAAGACUUCUGCACCAAGUGUAAGUCAGGUUUUUACCUACACAAAGGGCGCUGCUAUGAUAAGUGCCCAGAGGGCUUUGCCCCGCUGGAGGACACCAUGGAGUGUGGAGAGGGCUGUGAGGUGGGCCAGUGGAGUGAAUGGGGAGCCUGCACCAGGAGAAACAAAACCUGUGGCUAUAAGUGGGGUCUGGAGACCCGGACACGGCACAUUGUAAAGAAACCACCCAAGGACACAAUACCCUGUCCCACCAUCGCUGAGUCCAGGAUGUGCAAAAUGGCCAUGAGGCACUGCAGGAGAGGUGGCUCAGGGAAGCCCCGAUCCAAAGAACCAAAGAAGAAGAACAAGCAGAGGCUGCGGUUUCGGGCCCAGAACCAGCACAGCGACCACUUGGCCUCUGCACGCACCAGCCAGUGAGGACUGAAACUACGGACUUCCCAUUGAACAAAGAACCAACGCAAAGCUGCUAGCCGCUGCUGCACCCACAUUCUGACCAACGACUAUCACGAACCCCGCCACCUCCCCACCUGCCUCCCAGCCCACCCCCACCUCCCCGCUGCCCAACAGGACACAGCCAUUACAAGUCUGUCACUACAAAAAUAUAUGUCUAACAUACGAUAUCAGUAUCAACACACUAAACACAUGCUUCAUGCCCCUGCCUCUUGCUGCUUCUCCCCCCUGCUCCAGUGACCAGCCAGGUGACUCUGUUUUCUCAGCCCCACCCCUCGCCUUGCCUUGGCUUGUGGACCUUUACAGUUGAACUCAUUUCCCGCCAUUAACAAUGUCAUUAACCAUGCAGGGUGAUGGAAGACGGAGGGGCAACCAGAGACUGUGGAGGCGGAUAGGAGAGGUGAUGAGGGAGUUGGCAAGCUUAACUGCCCCACAGAAGUGGGGGGUGGGGUGGGGUGGCAGGGUGAAACCUAUGAGGAUGAAAAAAAAGAUGGAGGAUUAAGAGACAAAAGAGAUUCGGCUAAAGCAGUUGAUGCUUAUGGACAAGAAAAUGGCAUCUUGAACUGAAAGAGACUGUUUUUUUGUUCCUAUAUUUAUGUCAAAACUACCCUCACCUUCCCCACGGAUACGUGUUCCCAUGUGUGGCCUUUAUGUUAUGUACAUUUUUGAGAGUAAUAUUAAUGAAAUUACCGUGCAUAGUUGCAAAGUAUUUUAUUCUCAGCACAAACUGUUUACGUUCAGACCGCUUUAUGCUCUAACUGUAUAGUGUGGAUAAAAAAAGAAGAAAUUUAGUUGUUUGACUAGCAUGGCAACAGGCUCAUGUGUACAUAGUUUAUCUAAUUAUGAAAGCUUAUUACUGUAUUUUCAGUAUUGACUCGUUCACCGUUCUAAAUGUUUUAGAGAUAAAAAGGUUGUAAUACCAAGCUACAGAUUAAAAUAAUUAAAAACAAAUAAUAAACAUAGCCGCCACAUAGCUAUUUCAUUUAUAUGGUAUAUAUUUGAUUUAUUUAUUAAUUCUAUUUUGUACUUUUUUUGUUCAGUGCGAUUUUUUGCCUCAUACUGUUACUCUUAUAUGCUGAAAUAUUCUUUGAGUUCCUUAUAACAGUGCAUAUCUUUAACAAGUGGAAAAGGUUUUUGUCUGUUGUCACGCAGUGUUGUAUUACAUUCAUUUGACCUCAUCUACUGAUUUCAAUGUUUUAAAGAAGAAGAAAAAAAGAUACAUCAAACUUUGCUUUGACAUAUUCUAGGUUUAAUAAUUAGGAUCAAGCAAAUGUAUGGUCAUAGGACUGCAUAUGUGUACAUUGUGUUUUAUUAAAAUACAUUUCAUGUGACUGUA